UGGGCAGGUGCCAGGGGCGAGGCAGGGUGCCACUUGGUCACCCCAGGUGCUGCCAGUGUGUCACCACAGCUCUUACCAUCUCCACCAACAAUAACUGUUGUAGCAACACCAAGCCACGCCCGAGAGGCUCAGUCCUCCUUCAGGUCCGCCAGUUCACUUCCUUCAGGAUAUCCGUGAGCAGAGCCACUGGCAGCAGUUGGUUGGCCACGUUACCAAGAACAACAGUUAGGAUUUAGAGAGUGUACGGCUUGAGUGUCUUGGGAAAAUGGUGAUGGAGGUGUCAUCCGUCGACUUCGAAGUGUUCGGCAAAGUCCAGGGGUGUAACUUCAUAAAGGUGGCCAAGGACAACGCUGACAGGCUGGGAAUCACAGGAUGGAUAAAAAAUAACAAAACUGGUACUGUUGGUGGCCGCCUCCAAGGACCCAAAUCCCACGUCGAUCAAAUGGUGAAGUGGUUGAGUGAGGAAGGUUCUCCAGGCUGCCACAUUGAACGUUGUCAACUUAGCAACCAACAAGCAAUUAUCCGUCCUGACUACCCAAAGUUCAGCCUCAAAUUCUAAAUUUUUAAAGAGAAGUUUCGAGCAGCACAAUCUUCAAUGUAUUUUAUCUAUAAAUAUUAUUUAAAGUAGCCAUUUACAUAAUUAUUAUUAUAUUUGCAAAUGUGCUAAAUUUGUUAUAUUACUUAUAAUAAUAGUGUACCAUCUACCUGUAGGGUUGUUUCCAUUCAUUGGAUACUAUAGCUAGCAUAACAUGUUUUAGUUCCAUUAAAUGACAUUGCAAAUCUUGAAUAAUGAAGGACAUUAGUAAAGGUAUCUGCUUUUCCCAUGUUCAAACAUGAUGUAGGAGACAGUUAUAUUGAUUGUGGAUUUAGAUCAAUUUGUAAUUGAUAAUGCAUUACAUAUUGGAAUUAUUUUAUAAUCUACAUUGGAUUGAAUAUUCAAAAAUUCCAUUACAAAAACAUUACUUUUACCUGAUGGGCAUGAAAUACAUGGAAUAAGGCAUAUAAUGCUGUUAAGCAUAUUAUUCAAGUAAAUCGAAUGGAAAGCACCAUGACGAUACACAGUAAAGAAUACAGCAUAAAUAAAGAAAAAGGCUAAUUUUAAUCACCAAUAUAAACAUGGCAGUUUUGACGUGGCAUUCCUUGCAGUGUUAAUUUUCCAUUACUUUGUCAGAAAAAUUAAAAUGCGUCCAAAUGCUGCAUAAAAGACAGCAACCAGUAAUAAAAUUAUUAGUUAUCACAUACAGUAAUAAUACAGAUGUAUAUGACAGUAAAUAGACUGCUCACCAACCAUAACUUUUGUAGAACAUCCAUUCUUGUAUGUCCCCAUCACCAGUAUGAACUGCCAUGAAUUUUUCUUAUCAUAAAAUCCAUGGCUUUAAUUUGGAUUACAAUACAAAGAUAAUACAGUAUCUGUACUUCACAUUUUACUAUAGUUUCUUCAUUUAAGUUGACUCACUUUUCACCAUCACAAAUUUUCAAGUAGUGUAUGUAUAUGGAAAUUUGUGAUUGACUUCACAUCUUCCUGGGUAACAUUUGUGUUCAUUUUAUCAUUUAUUGUCUUAUCAUUACAGUACUAGGCCAGUUAGUAUGCAUUAGUAGAUCAUUAGGGUUGGAUUACAAAGCUUCAUACAAGAAUGAGCAAAUAUAUAUUGUAAUAAAUUUGUAGCUUAUGCACAGCUGCUAUUAAUACUGAUUUAUUUAAUAAUAUUUAAAGACGUUUUGUAGUAGCAGGUUUAUCACAGGUAUUUAAGUCAACGCGGUUUUUCACUAAAUCUUGUGUAGUAUUUUGUAAUGUAAUAUCUUACUUGCCUUCCAUAUUGUUUUUCCUUCAACACUUUUCACUUCUACAAAUUAAAGUGCUCUGAGCCAUCAAUUAGUUAACUUCCAGGAAGGUAUUUCUUUAACCCUUUCAGGGUCAAGACCCUUGAUCCUUAAAAUGGUAAGAGAAUAGAGGUUUCCAUUAUAAUGAGGACUGGAAAGUCACUAAUAAUAAAAGUGAAAGGAUGAUUAAUAACACUGAAGCUAAACACAUUUCAAAUGAACCUAUUUAUACACUAUUCACAAAAAAUAUACUAACAAUAAAAUCUAAAUUAAUCACAGAGGACAUGAGAUCUUCAGUGGAAUCAAACUAUGCUGUCAUGAGCAAUAUGAAAAUCUAUUAACAAACCUCUAUGAUUUAUAUUUUAUUUAAUGGAAGAGCAUUACACUCAGGGGCAAAAGAGUUCCUGGGGAAUGGUAGGUAAUGUCUUGAUUCAAGGAAGAGGAGGGUAUCUCCAGUUCUUUAGAUUAAAGGACUUUAACCAGCAUUAAGGCACUCUUCUUGAAUGGUAAUAAACCCUUAUCACAUUUAGUGGGAAGUGCUAAACCCAUAGGGGUCAAACAGUGCUGGAAGAGUAGGAGGCAAUCAGAUUUAAUCCAAGGAAAGGGAGGGGUAGUUCCAAUUCUUUGGAUCAAGUCCUUCACCAGCAUCAAGGCACCUCCCUCAAAGGAAAUAUACCCUUAGAAUUAAUAAAUAAGUUCAUUAUUAUUAUAACUAAUUUAAGGGCUAAUCCCAAAGGAUUAUACGAUGUUAGUACCUAUUUGAUCCUGCUUCAACACUUCCUACCUACUUUAGCUACUUACACCAUCAUAAACACAUAACCCAUGUCAUUGUUGCCUCUUAUUUUAUAAAACCACAGGUACUACUGUAUAUAUGAAGCAGAUAAUAAUAGCUUUAAUUCCAUGUUUUCCAAGGUGAUAUUAGUAGUCAACUGUGAUGGUGUUUGUAAAACAAGUUUUUCUUUGUUAAAUAUUUAUUUUUGGUUUAUAAAAUAAAGAUUUCACCUCAA